GGAGGUGCUGAAAUCAGAGCGCUCUCUCCUUCUCCGUACCCCCCCGCCUCUCCUGCUCUCUCCCUCUCUCCCUUGCCUCUGUCUCUCUCUGUCUCUGCUGCCGCCGACCGACACUUGCAGCCAUUUUACGCAGGACGAACCCAAUCAUGUCGUGAGGGGAGGCUCGCUGGUCACCUGGACAGAGCCAGCAGCCGCCGCGCGUCCCGGGGGUCGCACACAGGCGUGCGGGCAGGUCCGGCCAAAAUGGUGAAGAGGAAAAGCCUGGACGAGAACGAGCCGGAGUGCGGGAAGGGGAUACCGUUCCCCAUCCAGACCUUCCUAUGGAGGCAAACCAGUGCAUUUCUGCGUCCGAAGUUGGGAAAACAGUAUGAGGCUUCCUGUGUGUCCUUUGAGCGGGUGCUGGUGGAGAAUAAGCUCCACGGGCUGUCGCCAGCCCUGUCAGAGGCCAUCCAGAGCAUCUCCCGCUGGGAGCUUGUCCAGGCGGCUCUGCCUCAUGUACUCCACUGCACGUCCAUCCUGCUGUCUAACAGGAACAAGCUGGGCCACCAGGACAAGCUGGGCGUGGCCGAGACCAAGCUGCUCCACACGCUGCACUGGAUGCUGCUGGAGGCCGCCCAGGAGUGCAACCACGAGCCCAGCCUGGGCCACGGCUGGUCCGGGGGCAGCAGCAGCAGCGCCUUCCUUCAGCCUGUGGGAAACCAGGGCUCGUCGCCCGGGGCUCCCGGCUCCUGCUCCGGCUCGGCCCUAGGGGGGUCAGGGCCCCAGCACAGCGGUUCCCUGCUGGAGGAGGAUGAGCACGCUCGUACCAAGCUGUUCCACAAGAGCAUGGCCACCGUGGAGCUGUUUGUGUUCCUGUUUGCUCCGCUUAUUCAUCGGAUAAAGGAGUCGGACCUGACCUUUCGGUUGGCCAGCGGCCUGGUAAUAUGGCAGCCAAUGUGGGAGCACCGCCAGCCUGACAUCCCUGCCUUUACUGCACUAAUCAAACCUGUGAGAAACAUUGUGACAGCUAAGAGGAACUCCCCAGUCAACAACCAGUGCAGCCCCUGUGGAUCUGGCAACCCGGGUCCCAUGGGCUUCCAGGUGGUUUGCGAAACCGCCCAAUCAGAUUCCUCCUCCCCUACGGCUGGAGAGCAGAGCUGUCGUCGUGGUAACUCGGUCGAGAAAGGUGGCCCCUCGCAACAACCCCCGCUGGUCAAAGGCCCUUCCAAGAAGAAGUGAGCACUGUUAUUGAAAAUACCCUCGGGAAGCAGUGAGAUGGGUAGCGUUUGAUCAUGUGCGCGUCAUUGAUUUUUGAUGUGGGAGUCGUGUAGAAGCGUCAUGCCCCUUCAGGUUUGCUGUUAAGCAGGAGGAGAUGGUGUGGUCGUAAAUUUGGAUGGCUUUAAUACACUUCUCACUUAAAGAAAUAAGGUUAAAAAAAAAAAAGUGCUGCAUUUGUUCAGAGGGCAGUACAGUCUGUCAAGCAUAGGAAUCGUAUCUAUGUAGACCCUAGAUUCAGAUGAGGAAAACCCCACAAAAUUAUUGGAAAAAAAAUCAAGAUCACAAACAACAGGAGGCAGCGAUGUUACAUAAUAUUAGGGAUAUAGAAAGACGGAAUCACAAUAGCUAACCGGGAGUAGCAGUGUAGUAAAAGUGAAAGCAGAACUACCACAACUUCAGCCAAGCACGGUGAACUUUCCUACAUUCUUUGCUGUAA